AAUCUUCGAUUAAAAGUUGGUUCAAUCCUCAGUUCAAGCCCACCGUGAGCUGCGCAACUUUAACGGACAGGUGCUCUCUUGUAGAUUGUUUAGCUUGACCACUUAAACUAAAAAAGUAACAAAAACUCGGUGUACAGAGAAUCAAUGUGGAAUAGAAAAUGUAUAAAAAGAGUCUCUUUUUGCAGUCUUUUACAUCAUCUCUUCUCCUUUGCUUUACGGUAUACAUAUUGUUCCGUUUUCUAUUUAGGGUCCGAACUCCGAGUCGUCUCUUGAGCUUCUGUGUUCACACUGUCCUUUGCCUUGAAUCUGAAAAUGAAAAUAAAAGCGUCCGAGUGAGAAACUGAUAUUACAAAACAGAGACUCGGAACCUCAAAUUCUGUAUUACCAUAACAUGUUUUCGUCUGUAAGCAAUAAAUUCAGAGUUAAAAACAUGGUUCUUAUUAUGGUUAGAAGCGCUGACUCUUGGAGUAUUAAGUCAUUUAUCAUUCAAGUAAUAAAGAUUAAGAAUUUUGUUAAUAGAACGAGGUUACCUUGGAGAAAUCCUAAUGCUUGACUAGGUUUCCGUGGAAGGAGGAGAAGAACCCGUUUUCUUGAUCUUCUCCCAGUUCUGCUUAUCUCCAGUUUAUGGAUUUGAAGUAAGGAAGCAUAAAGGGGACUUCUUCCGCUAACGGAGUUGAAAGCUGGAAGGUAUACUGAAAAAAAUUUGGUGUCGCUUGCACCACAGUACCCGUAGCGUUGCAACUCUCUUGCUUUGGGUAGGCUGCUGCUUCGUUAUCGGAAUGCUGCAUUGCCAAAAAGAAGCGCAGCGAUACAGAUUUUUGAAUUGCUGCUUCCUUUUUUCAAUGGGAAUGCUGGUAGUAGAAAAAAAGUAUCGGAGCGGUCUCCCACGGCACGCAAGUGCUACCAUAAAAGAAGGCAGAUAUUCCAAAAGCGAGAGAGGCGCUACACUCUGUUUAGCAAACUAGCGACAAUCGCUGUUACGGCAGUGACACUAAAUUUUUUCAGUGUAGUUCUGCAAGUGUAAGCGGGAUUUAGUUUGAAUCCUUUUAAAUAUGUAUACAUCAAAAUUAGUAAAUAUUACUACUGUGCAUGAGCAGUUCCAAAAUUCGAACACGAAACUCUUGCUUCGAGUGGUCAAGACCCCUCGAUGUAUUUCAAUUGAAUCGUUUCGUCUACGAACGCUCAGUGAGCAGUUCGAGAAUACGGUUUUCGACAAAGUCAUUCAAAAGUCUCCGAUUUGUGGAAGGAACUCAUUUCAAAAAUAUCACCCCCGAACAAGAACGCUCAUUAUCACAUAACUUAGGAGUACGGGUUCCAAAUAUCUGUCUUGGAAGUUUAUGGCCAUAAAAAGCUUUAUUAUAUGGCUUGUUCUGGGAUGAGUAUAUAAAUGACUGAGUAUCAUGGUAAGAAAAUUAUAGCUAUUAAUCCAAUACGCGUCCUGUAUGGGAUUUGAAAUAAUAAGUAAGAGGAAGUGACGACAGAAAUAUAAUAUUUUUAUUUAUCUAAAAUAGGUGAAAUACUCCCAUGUACAGGAAGAGAAAAAUUAGGUUGCAACAACCGGAGACUCCGGUUGAAACUACUUGACCGACGCAGGCGUGAACGCAACUACCGAUACACAAGUCAGUAUAAUUUGGUAGCCAGGCAGUUUUGGCCUGGCUGUCUCAAGUAGUAUCAAUUGAGCAGGAAAAAGCUUGGUCGGUAUCGCCUGAGAACAACAAUAGCUGCAAUUAAAGACCCAAGUCAAAACAGCCUGGCUCCCUGGUUAUAAUUACUUGACUUUAUAAAAUCAACAUGACUACUUAAAAGAAAGCAGUUGGAACUUUUUUUUUCUCUCUGUGUACUGUGUUGUGUCUACAAAAAUUACAAGAAAACUGAUUUGUAUUUUAGUUUUGUCUACAGAGUCUAUAGACGCUAUAAUGCAACCGCAUUGAUUAAAUUUUUUUUCAUAUAUAACUGAAAGCUUUUCAACUGAUCUAAGGAAAUUCUACAUCUGCAUGAAUAUUUAAAUACCCACUAUGGAUUCGUGCAAGGAACGUGUGAAAGCUUACAAGCAGUCAUACAUCUCAUAUUACAUUCAGCUAUCAUUGUGUAAGCAUAAAAAAAAUGGACAUAAUAAAAAAUCCGUAUUACAAUAUUAUCAGAUAUACUAUAAUUGUAUCAGGACAAAGUCAAUAUCAGGCCAAGUGGCUAAAUAUCUUAAUAAAAUUAUUUUAUUUGUUUAUUAUGAUUUCUUUUAUUAUUGCUCAGGUUUCAUAAAAGUAUCUGGUAAUAUUGACUUGAUGUUGUUGUGCAUUCCGCCAGUAUGUUAUAGUUCAAUAAGUGCAAUUAUUUUUAUAAAUAACAUUAUGAAAGUAAAACAAAUGAAUGUUGUUUUUGGAAAAAUGCAAAACGACUGGGAGACAUUAAAAUCAAAACGUGAAGUUGAUAUUCUACAUAAAUAUGGAAGACAAUGCAGAUUUUACACUAUACUAUCCUUUAUUGGAUCAUUUGGUCAUGCUACAAUCUAUGUGUUUUCACAUCUUAUUCCUCUAGUGAUUAACCUUUUUAGAAAUAAUCAUGAGCAUCGACCGGCUAAUACUCUCUUUGAGUAUGGUUUAGAUGCAGAAAAAUACUAUUAUUCGAUAUCAAUUCACAAUUAUGUAGCUGCAUUUGCUUGUACUGUUGCGUUUGUUAAUGGAGAUACACUUCUCUAUAUGUUCUUGGAGCAUGCUUGUGGAAUAUUUGAAAUUUUAGGACAUAAAUUGACUACUGCCAUAAAAGAAAAUCCUGAUUCCAAUAAUAAUGUCAGUUUUCAAAAGAAGCUACAGGGCGAAAUUAAAAUUUGUGUGUCAAUGCACAGAAGACUUUUAUUAUUUGUCAAUGAUGUCCAGGAAGUUUUAUCAACGGCCUAUCUUUUCAUAUUUGGGCUCAGUAUUAUAGAUUUAAGCAUCACAGGAGUCCAGUAUGUGAUGAGUGCGAAGGGUUCUGGGGCUGGUAUAAGAUUUGGAACAUACGCAAUAUGUCAAGUGUUUCAUAUAUUCUUUUUAACUCUGCCAACGCAGCAUCUACUGGAUAACAGCCUUAGUCUCUCUAGCUCAAUAUACAAUUCAGACUGGUUCAAUCUAUCAAUGAAAACAAAAAAACUUUUACUCAUAAUAAUGAUUAGAGAAUGCAAACCCACUACAUUCGUUGUUGGCAGAAUAUUUGUACUCUCAUUUCAAACUUUUACAAAGGUUCUUCAAACAUCAAUGUCAUAUUUCACUGUAUUGAUGUCUGUACAAGAAUAAAAUGGCAUUUCGACUCGUGCAUUCUGAAAUAAUGAUUUGGAUAUUCAAAUAAUCUUUCUUAAAUAUUUAAUUUUAAAAAAAUAUUUAGAUUUUAAAUUGCAGUUAAUAUUAAUGUUGAUUAAAAUUAUUUUACUAUCAAAAGAUAAGUUUAAACAUGAUAUUUAUAUAAUUAUUAUAGUUAAAACUAUUUAGAUAUGGCAUUAAAUUUUUUAUUGUAUUUAGUUAAUAGUUAAAAAUUCAAAAGUAAUAGUUUACAGUAUGUAACCAUAUCAGAUAUAGAGAUUGAAAAAUUCGGAACGGAAAACUCAUGUGGUUUUAAUAAAUAAAUUGUUAUUUGAUUAUCAAAUGCAGUAAAGUAUUUUCAUUAUUAAACUUUACAAAUUUUGCUUUGAUAAGGUGCUUAUGUAAUAAGAUGCAAAGUACAUAUAAAACUAAUUAACACGAUCUUACAUUUCCCAAUUUAAUGGACAUCUUAGAUGGUUUUGGAAAAAUUAAAAUUAAAAUCUCCCUGGUGAUAUGAGGUGUUCCACUC